AUGACAACUAAGGUUGCCGAGACUGCAAGUACAACACCUGUUGAACAGUCAUCGCCGACAACACAAGUUUCCAUAACAGGAGAAAGGAAAAGCGGGUCGACAAAGCGGUCACGGACCAAAUCAUCAGGUUCUAAACGGCGAAGAAAAAAGAAGAGGGAAACACCACCGGAAGGAUUCGACCAGUGGCCAGAAGCGGAUCAGAAAUAUUAUCAGGAUAUUUCGGCUCUUUUGCGCGAUUCCAAAGCAACGAGGAAACAAUGUAGCUUCACCAGACACAAAAUCGGAGCCUGGAAAUCUCUUAAACUUCGCUGGGCUUAUCACCCAACACAUCAUACUGAAGUGAAUGCUUAUAAGAAAGCACUAAAGGAAGUGAAACCACUAGAAAAAACCGAAAAUCUCGAUAUCGAUUUCUAA